AUGGCUGCUGUUCUCGACCCCGUGGAACUGGGUGCGCCCUGGGGACCCGUGCGCCCCGAGCCCCCUCCCACCCGCUUCCACCGGGUACACGGGGCAAACAUCCGCUUGGACUCCUCGGGAACAAGGGCCACACGCGUGGAGAGUUUCGCCCACGGCGUGUGCUUCAGUCGCGAGCCGCUGGCCCCGGGCCAGGUAUUCCUAGUGGAGAUCGAGGAGAAAGAGCUGGGCUGGUGCGGUCACCUGCGCCUCGGCCUAACUGCGCUAGACCCCACCGGUCUGGCCGCCGUGCCCGAGUUUUCGCUGCCCGACCUGGUCAGCCUUGGCCACACUUGGGUCUUCGCCAUCACGCGUCAUCACAACCGCGUGCCCCAGGAGGGCCGCCCGGAGGCAGAGGCAGCAGCCCCCAGCCGAUCCUCAGCCCUCCUGGUGGAACCAUAUCUGUGCAUCGAGCAGUUUCGCAUUCCCCGCGACCGCCUUGUGGGCCGCAGCCGGCCCGGGCUCUACAGCCACCUCUUGGACCAGCUGUAUGAGCUGAACGUGCUGCCUCCGACCGCGCGCGGUAGCCGCCUGGGCGUUCUGUUCUGCCCGCGCCGGGACGGCACGGCAGACAUGCACAUCAUUAUCAACGGCGAGGACAUGGGCCCCAGCGCCCGGGGACUGCCUGCCGCCCAGCCUCUCUAUGCAGUGGUGGACGUGUUUGCCUCCACCAAGAUCGUGCGCCUGGUCCAGCUGGAAUAUGGCUUGUCAUCCCUGCAGACGCUGUGCCGCCUGGUGAUCCAGAGGAGCGUGGUGCACCGGCUGGCCAUUGAUGGGCUCCACCUGCCCAAAGGACUUAAGGAUUUCUGCAAGUAUGAGUGAAGGCCUGCAGCCACCCUGAAACAGAGCCACAGGAGCAUGUCCUGGCGCCAGAGCUGUGGCUGGUCUGAAGCUGGCCAUGUUGCUGCCAGCCCGAACUAGAAAUAAACACAGCUGAUGCUGACACUG